AUGAAAAAACCGCCGACAUUUCAGAUCUUCACCGUUCUAUUAUCUCUUUUAUUAAUCUCAGCCGCAGGAAUAGGCAGGGAGCGAAGCAUACCGACGGUGCCGAGGCUCCUCCAGGCCGUGGGGAACAGUAAUAAUCUUCAGGUGAGGAAAGGAACACCGUUCAAGAUCGCAAUCUUUGCAGACCUCCACUUCGGUGAAGACCCGUGGACUGAUUGGGCUCCACGUCAAGAUGUUAACUCUCUCAAGGUUAUGUCCUCCGUUCUCGACGCUGAAACUCCAGGUUUAGUGGUGUACUUGGGAGAUGUAAUAACGGCAAACAACUUAGCAACCCACAACGCAAGCUUGUAUUGGGACAAAGCAAUCUCACCAGCAAGAGACAGAAACAUUCCGUGGGCCACUGUCUUUGGCAACCACGACGACGCCAAGUUUGAAUGGCCCAAGGCUUGGCUCUCUCCCUCCGGCGUCCCUCCCACUCGCUGCCCUGGGACAACAAGUGGAUGUCCAUCUAGAGGCACAACGCGAGUGGAACUGGUCCAAGGAGAGAUCAAAGCAUCCGUUAAAGGACUCUCACGCACAAUGAUGGGUCCUAACCAGCUACUGCCAAGCGUGUCCAACUACGUCCUUCCCUUGAAAUCAUCUGAUCCUUCGAAACCAGCCGUGGCUUUGCUUUACUUUCUUGAUUCCGGCGGUGGCUCUUACCCUAGUGUUAUCUCAAAUGCUCAAGUCGAAUGGUUUAAAACCGUGUCCAACGCUCGUAAUCCCGAUUUAAGGAUCCCGGAGCUGAUCUUCUGGCAUAUACCGAGUAAAGCAUACGAGAAAGUAGCUCCUCCAACUGAUGAUGAGAUAUCGAAACCUUGCGUCGGGUCAAUCACCUUUGAUGGCAAAGUUGCUACUCAAGAUGCUGAGAAUGGUAUGAUGGCAGUUCUUGAGAACAGAUCUUCAGUUAAGGCUGUGUUUGUAGGGCACAACCAUGGACUAGACUGGUGCUGUCCGGGGGAGAAGAAUCUCUGGCUCUGCUUUGCAAGACACACGGGUUAUGGUGGGUAUGGAUUUUGGGACAGAGGAGCAAGGAUUGUGGAGAUUACUGAAACGCCUUUGGGAAUCAAGUCAUGGAUUAGGAUGGAAGAUGGAUUCGUCCACAGUGAAGUUAAUUUAUCUCGUGCUUAG